AUGUCUUUUGCUCGUCUUGCUGGCAAGACCGCCGUCGUCACUGGCUCCUCCACCGGUAUCGGCCAGGCCGUUGCCUUUGCCCUCUACACCGAGGGCGCCCAGGUCGUCUGCGCCGACCUCGAGGAGAGAAGACAAGGCAGUGAAGACACCGAGGUCCCCACCCACGAGCAAAUCAACAAAGCUGGCGGCAAGGCCAUCUUCGUCCAGACGGACGUGACCAGAGCCGACAGCGUGAAGAGGCUGGUCAAAGAGGCGGUGAGCCACUUCGGCAGGAUUGAUAUUUUCAUCAACAACGCUGGUGUCACUGGCCAGGAUGGCAGCAUCAUGCUCUCGAAUGAGGCCUGGGACAGGAAUUUUGCCAUCAACGCUCGCGGCACCUCCCUCGGCUGCAAGUAUGCUGGUGCCCAGAUGAAGAAGCAGGACCAGCUCCCCAGCAUGGACCGCGGCUGGAUCAUCAACAUCGCUGGCGUUCAGACCGGCUCAACGGGCGAGUCCCCCUCGAAGCACUCCCUUGUCACCGACAUGACCCAAACCAUCGCCCAAGAGCUCCGCGACCACGACAUCCACGUCAACGCCAUCACCCCUGGCUAUACCAAGAUGUCGAUGCCGGAGAACGGGCUGGAGACCGAGGAGGCGCUGGCGGCCAUUGCGAAACUGCCGGAAGACGUCGCCAAGAUGGUUGUCCAGCUGGCCACCGAAGAGAGCGGCUGGAUGGCCGGUAACUCGGUCUCGGUCGACAGUGGUAACGCCACUUUCUAG